UCCAUGAGCUUCAGCUGCUGCUUGUGGGGUUCUAAGUGGAUCACACUAAACCUUUAUCUUUACCAAAGCAUAGAUAGAUUUGCAGUGAUCAUCAUUAAGCUAAAGCACGCUCCAUAGAUUCUCUUUUCUCUCACACGUAUUAAUGCCAAUUCAUAUUUCGGAUUUCCUCUUUGGAUUCCUUAUUAUGGUGGAUGCUGCUGUUCUCAAACUCAAACACACCUGAUAAAAUUUGUGCGCGGUGUUGAACCAACUGUGCCAGGCUGCUGAUUUGGGGAUGUCCAGUCUUUGUUGAUCUCAUUGGAUUGUUCUCGAUUCCACGAAUCGGCGCAAUAACGUUACUUUCAACAACUAGAAACACACAUACAGAUGAUUCAACAACGUUAGCAUGCGUUAAUCGCCCUCCACAGCAGUAGGCAGAAUUCUCCUCACUGUACAGGUUUCCUAGAAGCACCAAGUAGUGUAGUACUUAAUGCUAAAGAUUACAGCAAUCUAACAAAUACUUGUAAGAUCCCUAAAUAGAUUUGUGUGUCUCCUGAAAUAAACAGCAAAAACACACUGUCAAUAUGAGGAGGAAGAAAUUUCCUCUAGACUUUGAAAUGACAGGCAUAAAUGGCCAGAAAUAUGAUUUCAAAUUUGACCCAAUUGAAAAGAUAACUCCUCCCAGCCAUCACCAUCAAACCUAUGAAGAUAACAACAACUCAUAGUCACAUAUUAUUGCUGCUGCUGUUAGUCCCAUAUAACACAGUUGUUUGUUGCGUAUGGGAGUCAGUUGUUCUGAUUCAACCAGGAAACUCUGCUCCUUUUUCCCUUUAGUAGACUUGUGAGGCAGAGAGAGAGAGCUAGAAAGGAAAGUUCAUAAUAAUAACAGAGAUGAAAUUUCAGUACUCUAGCAGCUGGCAAUCUGUUCCUGAACAGCCAUUUUCAGCCCCUUUGCAGGAAGCAGACUUUCCCGCCUCUGCCUCUGCCUCUGCCUCUACCGCAUUUCAGGGAGAUGAAUGUUUCCCAUUUGCAUGGCCGGAAAACUACUGCGAUGUCGGCAGCCAAGAAUCCAUCGAAGAAAAAGCUGCUUCCAGUUCAAGGAGCCAUAAACAAGCUGAGAAGCGCCGAAGAGACAGAAUCAACACACAACUUGGCGUUCUCAGGAAACUCAUCCCUAAUUCCGACAAAAUGGACAAGGCGGCGCUGCUGGGGAGCGCGAUCGAACAGGUGAAAGAACUGAAGAGGGAAGCGAAAGAAGCAGUGGAGAGAAACCUAACCAUUCCAUCCGAAGUGGACGAGAUCUCCGUCGACGUUUGCCAGGAUGCCGGCGCCGGCCUGCUGAUAAGAGUGAGCGUCUCGUGCGAGGACAGGCCGGAGGUGAUGUCGGAGCUCAUACGUGUCGUGAGAGGGCAGAGGCUGGAGAUUGUGAGGGCCGACAUAACAAGCGUCGGAGGGAGAAUCAAAAGCAUCCUUAUACUGUCCAAAAACGGCGGCGGCGGAAGUCAGGGGAAAGUGUGUGUGAUGGCGAUAAAGCAUUCGCUCAACGUCGUACUGAGCAGAAUCGCGGCGGCUUCGGUGCCGACGAGCUACCGUAUCAGGAGCAAGCGGCAGAGGUUCUUUCAGGCCGCCGAGUGAAUUGACAUUACGGGUCUCUUCUUCUUUUCUCUCUUUUUUGGGAACCUCUUCCGCCGUGAAUUGAGGUCUGAGUCAGCAAAUCAAAAGCAUGCGCUAGAGAAAGUCGAUUACUGUUUCAGUUUUUGUACACUGGCGAGUGGCUAAUGGCUGUCGCUAGCGAGCUACGUGGCUCCCUCUUUGGCAUAUCUUACCCACGUUACGUUAAUACGAAUUCAUUUUCUUCGCAUGAUCGGGAAAAUAGAGCAGACCGUUAGAAAAACCGUGGUCCAAACCAUACAGUACAGUUUGGUCUGGACUUUAGACCUUUUUAGUAUGUUUUAGUCUGAUCCAUGGUCUGUAUUAUUUUAAUUUUUGAUCUCUUGGUCUGGUCUGGUCUAGGCCGCGGUUUACCAGACCAAAUCGUAGACCAACCGACUUGUCAAUACGUGUUAAUAGCCCACUCGAUCACUCUCCCAGCUCCCACAACGACACCCAAGUAUCAACCUUAAUUUUGAGAAUUUCGUCCAUCCUUCAUUCACAACCACAUUUAACCAGAGAGUAGAGAUAAUUGUGUCUCCAUUUGACAUUAUGUUAAUGUUCAUAACGUUAUGGUACAAGUUGAGAUGCUUUUACUUUGUAUCUUUGUUAUGUACUAAGAUCUAGGGUAUCAAAAUUAUUCGUGCAUGUUAGGAUUAAUGUUUUAAGGCAAAUAACAAUUAUUUUUCUUGGUUAUUGGUUCAAUUUUUUGAGUGGUUGACUAAGCAAAUUAUUCAUUUUUCUUUCAGUGUGGUCUAUCUGGACCAGACCAGACUGAACCAGACCGCAUAGGCAUGGUCUGGACCAGACUGUAUAAGCUGUGAUCUGGUCUGUAGUCUAUACUUCAACCUCUCGGUCUGGACCAUAGAGCGUAUAUAUAAUCCGGUUUGGACCAGAUCACACCGUUUAUCCCAGAGGCCAGAACUAAUAAUGUACACUUGUAGUCUUGUACACAUUGGACUAUCAGAUUCGAGUUUCAUAGUGGCCGGUCUUGAAAAGUAUGGACUCCUUUUGGGCCGACGUUUGUAAAGAUAAUCAAGCCCAAUCCAGUAAAUACCGUUUCCAGCUCAGUCACAUAAAAAAAGUGGUAAAAUAAAUAUUUAUAUAUAAAUCGUCUCAUUUAGGACCAAGCUGACUAAUAACAUUAACAUUACUUGCAUAUGACAUCUUAAUUACCAUUAACAUUACUUACAUAUAUAUUAAUCAUAAAUACAAAUGUUGUAAUUAAUUUCACGAGUCUUCAUCUUUAAAAUGUGUGGAAAUUUUUGCGGUUAGGUUGGAAAUCUAUUUUGCAACGUGAAACUGUUAGACGAUCAGAGUAUAUUAUAUUCCCUGCCUAGAGAAGAGACCAAGAGCCGGACAGUUAGUUUGAGCAAUGAAUAAUGAAUCCAUUU